AUGAAGCUGUCAAUUCUUAGCACCGCUACCGUUAUCCUUGCCUCUGGCCUUGUCGAACUAGCAACUGCCAGUUGUUUUCAGUACUGGGAAGGCACAGCACCAUUUUGUGACUCCAAAUGCCCUGCUAAAGUAGCUGGUCGUGUCUGCAAAGGGACAGGAAAUUUUUCAAGCUCCGGGAAUGGUGGCUCGUGCUGGACUGGUAAAAAGCAGCUCUGCGAGUGUUGCGGAGCUGGCCCACCAGGGGACCGAGCUUGCCUCGAUCCACAAUCCAAAAAAUCCAAGUGUGUCGGUCUAGUCCUUAUGUGUUCGAGAAUCGGAAGGAGGGAAGAUGGGUCUGAGAUUGUAUGUUCAACCUAUGCCUGCGGCUCCUGCUUCUUUGGUUAG